GAGUUGAAUGUGAUGUGUUUGAGUCGAUCCUUGUACUGCACGCCUGCUACUAGUAGUAGUAUCUUACUUGUUGGGUCAUUUCUACGAUCCCCGCCUCCUGUGGACCAUCAUGGACCAUCUUUUGUUUCGGAACUCGUUCCAGCACCGCUGACGUACUCACAGGAGUCGUCACUCUUGAACUAAGUCAAGUGACAUGGGCAUGGUCAGCACGGUUCGCAGUAACAUCGUCAUAGACGGAAAGUGCGAAGUGCAAACGGUGAUGGCUGCGUGUAGCGGGUACGCUGUGUUGUUGCUGCCGCCCCUGACAAGCGUACUGUGGGCCUGCGCGUAAGGGUUGGAUGACAUAUGCCGUCCAUUGUCUCUUAGGUUAGAAAGAUAGCGUGCGCAAUAAGCUUGGCCUGGCAUCCCGGUCAUGCACGAGUCGGUCAGCCCAUCGUGGUAGAGUCCAAUCCGUCUUAAGAAUGUCUAGUGACACCCGGCAUUCGACAGAAAAGUCCAAGCCAUUCCAAGUAAUCAUGCAAGAAUUGUGAAAAUAACAAUUUGAAUGCACCGAGAGAGAAAUAUGCCCCCCGAACCCAUCAACUUCCUCUAUUUCAUCGGCCGAGAUUGUGACGGAUCGCUUUCGGAGUUGACAACCUGAAGGCUUGGAGCUUGAACUUGAAUUUGAGCUGUGGAAGGGUAGUUGAAAUGGUGUGGAAAUAGAGUACUGAGUGAACCAAGGAUUCGAUCGCGUGUUUGCCCAUGCUUGCCCAUUCUCUGAACGGCCAACCGACGCCCACCACCCGACAAUUGUCUUUCUCCUUACCUUGAUAUCUUGUGAUGGCCCGCUUUCGCGUCCAGGACAGUGAAAGUGGCAGUGAUGAAGACAAUUUCUCGGAAGAAGAAAAAAAUCCGCAGGCCAUGCCCGCCGCGGCGCCAUCACCACCAGAGGAUGACUAUGACGACGACGACAGCGAGGGAGAAGACGAUUCGGAAGGCUCUUAUUCGUCGGAUCUCCAUGAAGAGGACUUGGUGACGCGACCUCGACCGCGAAAUGCUUUGGUGGAGGACGAGAACGGCGAGAUGCAGUACGCUGACGCUGACGCCAUGGACCCUGCACUAUGGCCUCAACGCGUCGGCGUCGAUUACCAGAAAAUGCACGUCAUGCAAGCUUCGCUAUUUCGUGCACCGGAGGAAGCUGCGGCGUUGAGAGCGUCUGAGAAAUCAAUGCACGCGCGUUUACAGUGCCGCUGACACUCAACCGGAAGCAUAGCCGUGACUCAGAGGGAGACAGUCUACGCGUUGACCCAAAGGAGCGAGCGUCUUUUGCGCAUGAUGUCGAAGCGGCUCCGUAUCGACCGACACGCAAGUAUGCGCGCGUCGAAAGCUCCAGGUCCGCUGUUUAUGGCAAUGAAUCCUCUGUCAUAGAUGCGGGGCUAGCUUUUGGCCGUUCCUUUCGCGUCGGGUGGGCAUUUGAUGGCUCUUUGAUACAUCCUGGAGUCAUUUGUGCUCCUUGGAGUUCUGUGAAGCCGAACGCCAAUUCCUCCGCACUUCUGAGAUCCCGGCCCACAACGUGCCAGUCCAGCAUCUCUGCUAAACUUCUCCAGCAUCAGCUCUCCAAUACCACCUUCGAUUUUGACGACGAACAAGUGCCGUUCGCUAUCCCUUCGUCCCAUGGAUUAUAUUUCGACUCCUUUGCCAGUCUGUUUGCCAGCUCCGAUCGAACAUUCGAAGCCUCGCUCUUCCGGUUGGGCUCGGCCCUGUUCGAUCCGUUGAUACUACGACUGGGAGAAUCCGUGACUCCUGAUGUCAGAAGCCGGGUAACAGCGCUGCGAAGGAAAACAGCGCUGUCUGCGUGGUUGCAAGAUGUCGUUCGGCCCACUGUGGAUGCGGACUUGCGAAAUGCUCCUAGUCUAGGACCCGCGGGAGUUGCUUUCGUUCAUCUGACGGGAAAUCAAGUGGAACAAGCCUGCGAUGUCGCGUUGGAUGGCGGGCUUCCGAAGCUCGCUACACUGAUUGCUCAAGCGGGCGGCGACUUUUCCUUCAGAGAAGAUCUGAGGGAGCAGCUCGAUCUUUGGCGGGAGCAACGAGUCGACCUUCACGUUGAAGAAAGUGUUCGCAAGAUAUACGCUUUGCUAGCGGGAUUGACGGACACCGUGGUCGAGGGAUCGAAGGGUGGAGGACAAGACAAGUGCGCAGAUGUGGAUAUCCUCACUGGGCUAGACUGGAAGCGCAUUUUUGGUUUGCACCUCUGGUAUUCGGAGCCGGUAGAUGCGACGAUAUCGCAAGUUUUCGCCGCCUACAGUGCGUUGGUCAAGGACUCAACACGAAAGGUCGCCAGCCCCAUUCCCCGAUACGAAGGAGUGAGCCGAUGGAAUGCGCCCUCUGUAUUCGAUCACGAUGCUUUUUUCUCUCUAAUCCGCGUCCAUGCCGAGCCCACCUGUUCUCUCUCCCAAGUGCUGACACCCCUUUCGUUUGGGCCCUCACCAGUCGACUUUUCGCUGACAUGGCACUUGUACAUCCUCCUCUCACGUUGCAUGCGAGUGAGGGACUUGUCUGAUCGAGGAGACCCGGGAAUCCGACCGGCAGACGAUGGUCCACUUGCUGAGGGACAUAGUCCUAGCGCGGAUUUGUUGUCAACCAGCUAUGCAUUCCAGCUAGAGCAGUUGGGGAUGAUCCAGGAAGCGUGCUUCGUAUUAUUGCACCUCGAGGGAUCUACUGAGAGGAAGAAGGCCAUUAAGGAAUUGCUGGCAAGAAACGCUGCCACUCUGGACGAAUGGAUGACUCGUGGGAUCGUCGGCAGUUUGCGAAUACCCAUGGCCUGGGUUCAAGAAGCCAAAGCUUUGCAUGCUUAUGACUGCGGUCAGAUCUUCGAAGCAUUCGACCUAUACUUGUCUGCGGGUCAAAACAACCAAGCCCACGAGAUCGCCGUCACAAAGCUUGCUCCUGAAGCUAUCAUACGUCAUGAUUUGACAUUGCUCACUGAGAUCUUCAGUCGCUUCAAUGGACGGGCUGUGGAUGGAUGGCAUGUCCGGGGCAAGAUUCUCCAGGACUAUGCCCAUGUACUCUCCAGACUCGGGAAACUCGAUGAAGAGCUGGACCAGGGACGAAUCAGGAUGAACGAGACCAGCUGGGUCGCACUGCGGCUCGGCUCAUCAGCAUCCUUCCUGAUGUGCUUAGGAACCGCUCAGACGCAGUCCACAAUGCUGCACUGGCCGAUAUGAUUGGCAGGCUAGUCAAAGUAGUCGACAGGACACGCUCGUCGAAUGCAACUGACAUCCAGCCGACACAUGUUGGGGAAUCUGUCAAACUACAACAUAUCCAAGCCACAGUCUAUGCCAGGUUUCUUAGCAGUAUCGAUAGCCCGUAACUGUUGAUUUGUUGUAUUGCUAUCCGUGUUAUCUAGUGGAGCGUGCUAUCAUGAUCAUCUUCCGCAGAGCAUCUAAUCUGGAGGUCGACACCGAGCUUCUGUUCUAUGACCAUGGCCCCCAUGACUUCUUAUCGUAUGACUGCGUCUGAAUUUCUUUCUUCGUCUUUGACCGUCGAGGAAUAUGCCCGGUCCCUCUUGGAAAGAGUCGCUGGCCGCGAUAAAGAUGUGGAAGCAUGGGCUUAUCUCAACGAGGAACACAUCCUGCUUCAGGCGCGAUCACUCGAUGCGGUCCCCCUCGACCGGCGUGGGCCGCUGCACGGCGUGCCAAUCGGCGUCAAAGACAUCAUGUAUACCAAAGACAUGCCCACCCAACACAACUCGCUUAUUUACGCUAAUGACGCGCCUGCCAUCGAUGCAUCGCUGAUCUCCGUGCUGCGUAACGCCGGUGCUCUCAUCUUUGGGAAAACAACGACCACCGAGUUUGCUUGUGUAACCACAGGCACCAAAACGAAGAACGCGCACGAUCCAGCACGGACUCCGGGUGGAAGCUCAUCUGGAUCGGGAGCCUCUGUGGGCGAUUAUCAGGUCCCAUUAGCAUUGGGAACGCAGACGAUUGGCAGCAUUAUACGCCCAGCAUCAUUCAACGGUGUCUUUGGCUUCAAGCCCACUUUCGGUGCCAUCUCCAGAGAGGGCGUCAAGUUCGGAUCUCUCAAUCUGGAUACCGUCGGCUUCUUCUCUCGAUCCGUGGCAGACCUCGAGCUCCUCGCUGACGUUUGCAAGAUCUCGGACGACGAAAGCCCUGCAUCCGAGUUCUUGCUUGCAGGAUCGAAAAUUGCCGUGUGUAAAUCCCCGGUAUGGACUGCUGCAGGUCCCGAUACCGUCAAGGCGCUCGCGCAGGGUGCCCAAUUGCUGCGAGAUCAAGGAGCCAUUGUCGAGGAACUGACAUUACCCGGAGAGUUUGACGAAGUGACGACCCUUCACCGUCGCAUUUUCCAGCGCGACGCCGGAGUGGCUUACAUGAAUGAGCCUAAAGAGAAAUUGGACCCACUCCUGGCUAGCUUUGUGGACGACAUUCCGCGUCUCACAAACAGAGAUUAUCUCCAGGCCUUGGACACGCUCGCACAGCUUCGACCCAAGCUCGAUGCGAUCACGAGCCAAUUCGAUGCGAUUUUGACGCCCUCGGCUGUCGGCGAAGCACCGGAAGGCCUGGCAACGACCGGAGACCCUAUCUUUUGUGGUUUGUGGACUGUCAUGCACGCUCCUGUGGUAAAUGUACCAGGCUUUUCCGGCGAAAAUGGGAUGCCCAUCGGCCUUUCCCUUGUGUCGGGACGGUUUCAGGACAGACGUUUGCUCAAGGUAGCUGCGCCCGUGGCCACAGCCUUCGCUCCUGGCAAUAGGCCCUUCCAGGGAUCGGCAGAUUCGCAACGUCCGAUAUCAUAGAGUAGCAGCUUCGCAACAGAGUCCGUGUUGCGGGGGUUGGCGGAAACCCAGAUUUGGUUCGCCUAUUAGUGUUAUCUAAGUAGUAAGUAGUCUUUGGAUGGAUGCGACGUUGCAUUGAUCGGGAGCGGCGUGAUUCCCCGUGAUUCUUGAACCUUACUUCACUCCCAUCCGUCUCUCAUGCCAGCACCAGAUGCAAAAACUCGCACGAAGAUCAGCCUGAGCCCUCGAAUCUUUUCCACUUCGAUUCCUACGAAACACGUCCCGCGCAUACUGUUGUCCGCCCUAUUCUACGCGACUUCUCUCCAUGCCGGCAAAGGCGCACUAGACUUUGAUGUUGGAGUCUUCUGGCUGGUCAUGAGGGUUUUGGCAUGCGCCGGGUUCGGUGCGUUGAUAUGGGAAGGCAGGACAGGGCAGUUAGCGAAGCGGAAAUCGAUUGAGUGGUCUGUGUUGGGGACAGCUUCCCUGCUAGUCUUCGUUCAGCAAGGCUGUUUGUUUACAGCGCUGUAUCGUCUUCCUUCUACCCGUGUGGUGUUAUUCACUCAUUUCUCAACGUCUUGGAUUCAAUCUCUCUGGAACUUCUCUGCGCCACGGAAAGUCAUGGCCAUCUUGUUGGCUUGGUUCAUAUGCAUCGUGUCCGAUACAGGCCUUUCGUCUGCCGCCUUGCUGCGAUUCCUUCCAGGAUACGGCGCAUUGUUCAUGUACUCCCUGGCCUCAGCGGCCCUGGAUCACACCAGUGGGAUCCUAGCGCCUUCUCUGGGGACAACGUUCACCAUCGCAGCGUCUGUCCUCGGUGCCUCCGUCUUCGCGUUGCCCUUUUAUGUGUUCCGAACGUUCAUACUUAACUUUCCCGAAACACCUGUGGUCCCCCUCGCUUCGUUGGCCGCGAUUCCAUUCAUAGCAUUCUCUUUGUUGCUCUAUGUCCCAAUCACCUCCAAGUCCCUAAGCAACUUCUCGCUCGCCCCUCAGCAUUUUACAUUGUCUUAUCCCAGCACUGUUAUGAUGACAGCGCUCUUGGGUUCGCUCGCAUUCUCGCAGUUUCCGACUUGGACAGAUGCGGCAGUCGCUGUCCUUCUCUUCUUGGGGAUGCAACCUGAGCCAGCCGACACAUUCCCCGCUCCGUCGCGCACGCCGACGUCAAGGCUGAUGCGCUCGUACUUCAAAACCAUUCUAUCGAAUCCAGAAUCCCGCAAGAUUUUCUAUUUCCUAGUCCUCAACAUGGCAUUCAUGCUCGUUCAAAUGCUGUACGGGGUGUGGACUAACAGCCUCGGACUUAUAUCGGAUGCGAUUCAUAUGGCCUUUGACUGCAUGGCCAUUGGUGUUGGUCUCUUCGCGUCGAUCAUGGCUAAAUGGGAACCGAACGAGCGCUUCACUUAUGGGUAUGGGCGAAUCGAGACACUCUCCGGCUUUGCCAACGGGAUUUUCUUGAUCCUGAUCUCGGUCUUCAUCAUCUUCGAGGCGGUCCAGCGAAUUUUAGAGCCACCAGAGAUGAACACAAGCCAGUUAUUGCUUGUGAGCUCUCUCGGACUAGCGGUCAAUCUCUUUGGAAUGUUUGCCAUGGGAGGACAUCACCAUGGGCACUCGCACUCUCAUGGGCAUGGGCAUUCUCAUGGUGAAAGCCACGGCUCUCACGACCAUCAGAUGUCUGCAAAGGACGGACAUGCGGGCGGGCACUCUCACGAAGACCACGGCCAUUCGCACGAUAAUCCGACGCACUCUCACACCGUCGGGCAUCCGUCAGACGGUCAUCAGCCCUCGCAUGUAGGGAACGGACACUCGCACGGACACUCGCAUGAGCAAGAGCACUCGCAUGAGAGCGGACAUUCGCAUGAGAGCGGACACUCGCACGAGCAAGCUCAUUCGCACUCGCACUCGCACGAUGCUCAAGAACACUCGCAUGAGCACUCGCAUGAGCACUCUCAUGCUAGUGGGAACGCUCAUCAGGCCCACUCCCAUUCACCGCCGACCUCUCCGACCUCGCCUCAUGUCCAUCCGCAUCUAUCGUCAAACGCCGAACAACACUCACAUCCGGACUCUCAUUCUGCUGUUGCAUCGCACGACCGCAAGCGUCAGUUCAGUGGCACCCCACUGCAUGUGCACUCGUCCAUGCCGAAUUCUCCCUUUGCAGCGGAGUCCGUGACGCCCAUCACCCCCAAAUACCGAUUCGGAGUCGAUGAGCAUUACCAAACUCAUCACGAAGACGAGCAUCGACCCAAUGUGCACAAUCCCGCCCCACCCAGCUCUCAUGAAGGUCAUAGCCACAACAUGCGUGGUGUGUUUUUGCACGUGAUGGCGGACACCUUGGGUUCCGUCGGAGUCAUUCUCUCUACACUGCUGAUCCAGUUCUACGGCUGGACUGGAUUUGAUCCGAUCGCGUCCUUGUUUAUCGCCGUGCUCAUCGCUGCCAGUGUUUUCCCAUUGGUCAUUGACACUGGGCGUGUUUUGUGCCUUGACAUCACCGACCGCCAAGCCACGAUAGACCAGGCUCUCUCUGAGAUUUUCCCAUAUCCUCUUGUCAUGGACGAAGUUGUUGAGACCUCAGACCCCGAAGAGUUAGAGCAGUUGGCCAUUCGGAAGAGAGCGCUUGGCCCGACUCGCUCUUUCUCCUCUUCUCCGUGCAAACGUCGCAAGCUUGCUCAUGUAUCCGCCGACGCAGCUCCCGCGCAGAGUUUUCUCCCUUCACCAAACGGACGGACUGGUGCUCCACGUACUUCUCCAUGCUCAUCCUCUACAAAGACACCGUUCGAUUCAUCGUCCCCCCCUGCAACACCACCAGACUCGGAUAUUAGUACCUUUGGUGUGGCCUGCCCAGAAGAGGAGGUCAUCAUGCCGACUUUUCCAACUGAAGUAAAUUCUACGACUCUGCGUGAUGGAAGCGAGAUGACACAGCCCAUGCCUCUUUCGAAGUCGGCCUUGAAUCCCAUGCCAGGGAUAGACCCGAAGGUAAUAGCCUUACAACGUUCCAGUCCAUCUCCCCCGAAUCCCCGACAAUCGGACGCACUCUCUUUUACACCUCGUAGAUUUGACUCACCGGACGAGCUCGAUCUCCUGUUGGCUGGCCCGAGUCAACGCAGCGGUCGAACGCCACCCGAUCCUCCGUCUCCGUUGACACCCUCCUCUUCCCCUGGCCGGUCGUCUCCGCCUAUCGUACCCCCGGAAUCCAAAUACCCUUUACGCCCCAGAAGGCCAAAUCAACUUGAGCCGUACACGCAUGACAGACUCGUAUACAGGCUUGCCAUGAAGACUCUUCCAGAAGCAAGGGUGAGAAUCAUGGAGCAGAGGGCCUACAGCGAAGAACUCUCUGGAAGCGAACAGGACUAUUUGGAGGGGCAACAGGAGGAGGAGAGUCAGGCCAUGACUGCCGAUGAACCUCAACCCGAGUCCCAGAAGGAAAACACGCCGAAGCAACUGCACUCGGUAAUGUUACCUCCUCUGCCGCCAGACGAUGACGAAGAAUCUUCAAUCCUCGAAAUGCGCAAAGAAGCUCGUCGACUUGACCGAGAGGCGAAGCGGAAGCAGAAACAGCAGAGAGCAAUGGACCGAGCGCAAAUUGAGAAGCAGAAUGCCAUGGAGAAGAAGAAAGAGACGGAUAGGGAGCGCCGUCCGAGCGAAACAAAUACGGUAUCUAGAAUUCCUGCUGGGGAAGCCAUUCGACCGAUGCCUAGUUCAUCUCGAUCAUUCACCAAAUCAUCUGAAGACAAUGCCCGAGACGCAUCUUCCCAGCGACGGCGACUGUUCCGCCGUUCCGAGUCUGUCCAAGAGUCUCGCAGCGAUACUGAAGACGAGGCUGACGACACGGCUCGCAUGAGUUCGCCCCCGCCUCCUUUCGACGGGAUCAAUAUGCAAUCGUCCGACGAUGCUCGAGAGGACGAACGCCGAGAUGCAAGUAGCCACCCACCAUCGGAACACUUCGCAGAUUCCGAUGCGGAGGUUGCCUUCGUUGAUAAUCUUCGCCGCCAAAGCUAUCCAUACGGCCCCGACUCGGGCUCCGACUCAGAUGCCAAUGAUACGUCGAAAGCUGAGCUGAAGUACCGACAACAGGAAAGGGCAUUGAAUAGGAUGAUUCCGGCUGUCCUGCGCCGAAAGUUGCUCAAGGAAGCUGAAGCAAAGGCCGCCGCCAAGGCUGCAAAGGCUGCUGAAGAGGAGGCGAAAAGGUUGCGGGCCGAGGAGCCGUUACUCCCAGGACAAUCGAGGGCUCGACGUGCGGAAAAUCCUGUCGAAAUCAGAGAUAUCAGAGGCGAUAGCGAGAGCGACGAUGACCUGAUCGACGACAAUGAUUCCGACGUGGGAUCGAUCCUCAAGCUCAGUCGCGAACCUUCUCCUUCAAAGGGCCGUUCGAGAAAACGUCUCAAGCAUCGGUCUAGGAAGCGCUCGCGCUCUGCUGUAGUUCUGGAUGAUGAUGACGGAGCGAUUUGGGACUCUGAAUACGACGACAUCGACAGCAGACACUUUUCCGACGAGAUUCUCGAUGAUCACCUUCGUGUCGGCGAUAUUUGCGACUCUGGCUUACAAGAGAGGGAUAUGAUUGAUUGGAUGCUCUCAAAUACAAGCCGUAUCGGUGGCCAACGGCAGCCGAAAGGACGUCGUAAUCGAGCUAAGCUGCACGUUACCACAAGAGCAGCCCGCAAACUAGGUCGGGGGCGUCAGACAUUGCUGGAUUUUGCAAGCCACGAGCGAAACGGGAUCCCUUCGACGACACAAUCUGUUCCUCAAGGGCAUUUGGGACUGGCAAAACGUCGUCGUGGAUCGCAGACCCGAUUGGUGCUUCAACGAAAGCCGGAAGACGAUCUUGACGUUGGCCCCCUUGUCGGGGAUUCGGACGCGUCCGCGAGGCGCCGAGAGCGGAGGCAGAGAAUCAAGGAACGCCGCGAACGUGAACGCUCCAACGGCAUUUUCGUGAUGAUUCGGGCGCCAGGCAGCAGAAUUGUAGGCCAGAUGAGCAAGACAAUCGGCCUCAACAGUGCCGAUCCACAAUUCCAGCGAGCACUCACCCCUGCUGCCAAUGUACAAUCAAUACGGUCUGACUCGCGUCGUCCUUCUCGCAAUACAUUUCGGCGCCAGGCACGAAGGCGGGAUGCUUUACUUCCCGCUCUGCGACCGGUCGCUCCCCGAAAUCGCCAUGUUGAAGAGGCAACUUCGAACAAUCACGGGAUCGAUUUGGAUCACGGACCGCGCCACGAGAUCCUGCACGCUCACGAGUCAGAUCACGAGAUCGUGGUCUACUCUGAUGACGACGCCAGGACAGUCGAGUUGGAUGGAGAACCGUUUUCUUUGGACUUCGGCAUUCGAGCUCUCGAUGAACGCUCCCGCUUUGGUCCAGAUACCUUCAUCGGCAGCGGAAGUCUAGCCAACUUGGUGCAUCGUGCGAAAACACAGCCCCCGCUGUCUUAUUCCGCACAAGGCAUUCACAUCAGUCCUGACCUGACACGACAAGAAUUUCUUCCCUUGUUGCGGAAAGUAUGCGAUGGGUUGUUUCAGGCUGCGACCACGGUGGCUGUCGACCUCGACUCCGAGGAAACGGAAUGGGCUCGACUGGCUCGAGGAACCUGUCAGUUGUUCUCAUUCCUGCUGUUGGAUGCCGAAGAAGACGUUUCCGGUUUCAGAUCUGCAGUGGAGAUAGAUGUUCUCCAUUUGGUCCAGCGAAUACGGGCCGAACCUCUGAGCACGGAAUCCAUCGAUGGGAUCUCGCUGACGACGUGCUGGUUCGCGGUCGAAUUAGCGCUGAGAGCUGGAUCUGUGAUCCCGUCCUCUGGCACAAGCUCUCUGCAAGAGGCUUGUUCUUGUCUCGCCGAGGCUCUGAUAAGCUUCGGGCUCGAAGACGGCUUUCGACCCCUCCUUAAUCACGACGUGAUACAGAGUUCAACGGUCGACGAUCGGGUGUUCGAGUGCUGGGUCAGUCUAUGGCAUGUGAUGCACACCUUUCGCCAAGGAGGUGGUGUGCAUCCGCUCUGGUCGAUGGUGCAGGAUGUGAUCGCUUCUCGCCACCUAGAGCGUUUGACCAGCUUGGACGGCAGCGAAUGCAUCUGGAGAUCCAUCUUCGGCUUGUCUGCGGUUUCGCAAUUCAACGAGCACGGGAUCUCCAAGUCGUUGGCCACUGAAACGCUGGUGCCGCGAACAUGUUGGGACAUCGUGCUGUUUGCGGUCAGACAUAUCACAUUGUUUCCCCCAAGUGAGGCGACGCCUGAGGCAGUUCUGUCUCAUCUCGAACGAUAUCUCAAUGUGAUCGUCGAGCGAUGUUGUCUGCUCUGGUCGGAGUGGGCUUGGACCCUGGAGAACUCGUGGCCUGUGCUGAUCGAUCUCGCUCAGAUCUUCUCGACUCGCAAAUGGUGCAACUUACGACACGAGGCUUCGGAGUAUCCUAGUUUUCUGCGGAUGGAUCAAUGGGAAGUGCUGAACCGACCACUCCAUGACGAGACGACGUUUGUGUUAUAUGCCAAGCUCGUCUAUCAGGCUGUGUCGGCCUUCCCUGAAGAAAUGAGGAAGGUCAUCUCGGCGGUUACGCCAACGUCGAGCUUGUCGUGGUCCCGGACCGACCCUCCCGAGAUACAGGACCUAUCGAUGUUAUACAACCGGAUCAGCUUCGUGGCGAUCGCCAUCUAUCUGAACCACCAGCAGUACAAGAAAUGGGUGGGGAUCGCCCGGCAGUUUGUCCAGUUCGAUGUGAAUGACUCAACAGUCCGCAUCGCCUGCAUCCGUGGUUUCAUGUACUUGACAAGUGUCCUUGUGCGUCUCAAGCAGCCGCUCGACGUUUGCGUCGACUGGCUCAAGGCAAUGGUCCGGACCGUCAUGAGGGAAUACACAGCGACCGGAGGCAACUCCCGUCCGACUCAUGUCCUAAUGCUGUGUCUCGCAAACACUGUCUACUUCAUCUAUUGUGCUUACCAGUAUCUCCCCAAGCAUGAAUCGAUCGAGAUCCGCUACCCAAAUCCACAUCUGUUGCUGGCGAUCGAACCUAUCCUCAACACCCCAAUCUUGAGGGACAGUAACAAUGCCUCGAACCACUUGUUGCCCCGGCUCGUGUUUAGCUUCCUCACCGCUCGAAAACUGUGCGCACCCGUCCCAGAGCGGCCACCACUGCCUGCGCAGCCGCAGUCGGCCGAGAGCCAGGAUGAAUACGGGGAGACCUGGAUUUGGGACUACGACAGAUCGUUGCACAAGCUUGUGAGAGAGCGCCUGCAAUGGCCCAUCUUCCGUCGACUCCAGCAAUACGUCAAUCAUCCUGAGACAAAAGACAGGCUUCUCACGGACGAUGACAUGCCUAGCAAUAUAUCGACGCUAACCACUUGCUAUCUUGGAUGUGCAGAUAUUGUUGCCCAGUUUGAGAGUCCUGACAAGGCAUGCCAAGACUUUGACCUGCUCCAGUCGACUGACAGCCAGCAGCCAUCAUGGAUGCAGCACCUGCCGAUUCUCAAAGACUGGGAAUGCUUGAAGUCCUUCGUCAGACGUCGGAUGAACUUUUUGUUCUACAGCACCAUCCUCGAUAUGCACCCGAUGUCCUAUCUGGACCUCAAGGACGCGAUGAUUGUCGUCCUCUUCGAGUCCCUUGCUUCUUGGCACACUACGAGCGAGGACAACUUCAUUUCUCUUUUGCUUUCGAUCGACGGUCGCUGUCAUCCUCUGUUUAUGAACGCAUAUUGCGGGGUAGCCGAGGACGGCUCCCGGAUGGCAGUCCUCACGGCGAGAAUGCCAUUCAUCGUCACAAUGCUCCAGAACCUGGAGAGUGUCGUGGACGAUGGCAUGCAUCAUCAAUUUGUUGGGUUCUUGAUCAGACUGUUCGCUGCGAUAGAAAACACAUUUGAAGAACUGGACUACUCGCCGCCAGAGAAGGAGCAGUAUCGGACAUGGGCAAAGGAGGUGUUCGCUCGAGCCAAGGAGCAUCCUCGCAUUGUGUCAGACGAGCGACUAGGUGUUCGUUGGUUCGGCUGGGCCGCACAAGAAUUGUAG